CUUAACAAUUUUAGGAAAAUAUUAAAAUACUGAAUAUUGAGGAAGAGAAUAAAAAUAAAGAUAAUGAAAUAAUUUUGUUGAAGAAGCAAUUGGAAGAUAUGUCGUCUUCAAAGGAAAAACUUUUAGAUGAGUUUAGGGCCUUAGAGAUUGCAUUACAAGAAGAAAAAUGUGCAAAAGAAGAAAGUAGUGAACAAUUUAAUAUUAAAGAAGAAGAAUUACAAUCCAAAUUACAGAAUUCUGAAAAAGAAAUACAAGAAUUAAAGGCAUUUAAUGAUAAAUAUAAAAAGGAUAUACACAAUCUACAAGAGAAAGAAUUUGAGUUAGUUAACACAGUUUCUGAAUUAAAAUCUAAAAUUAGUAAAGUAGAAACCCAUGUUGAAGAACUGAAAAAAGAGAAUAGCAAUAUUAAAAGUCGUCAAGUUGUAAAUAAGGAAGGAGGAGAAUUAAGAAAAUCAUUAGAUAAGUUAUCUGUUCUUCAGCAAGAAAAUGCUUAUCUUACUACUAAAGUGGGUCAACUUGAAACUCAUUUAGAGAAAGUUAGAGAAAAUCUUGGAAAACAGCGUAUGAAAACAGAUGACUUACAGCAGCAGUUAAAAAAGAAAGAAUCAGAAAUUUCAGAAAUUAAAAUUGAUCUAAGAAUUGCACAACGUGAAGCAAAACAAGCAGAAGACAUUGUUGGAUCAUUACAGAGUAGUAAUAGAAAUUUGAGAGAGAAAGCAAAUAACUUGGAAAAAAAUAAAUCUGAAGAGGAUAACAAGCAAAAGCAAUUAAUGGAAGACAUUGUAAAUUUAAAGCAGGAAUUAGAAGAGAAAAACAAAGAAUUGGAGAAUAUAAAUAAAUUGUUUGAAAAAACAAAAGAUUUUGAAGAGAAAUAUAAUAAUACAUUCAAUGUAUGUGAAAAGUUAAAUAAACAAGUUGAGGUAAUUAUUUAUUUGAAUUCAUUUCAAAUUUUUUUUUGUUACAUUAAAUUACUUACUAUGAAUCCUAUAGGUUCAUAAAAGUGCUCCAUGUAA